AUGUUGUAUGGAGCGAAUUGCCGGUCUUUUUCGGCGCAGGAGCUCAGUGACCUGACAGCCGCCGACAACGCAAUCCUUCGGCGUUUGUUCAAUCUGUCCCUCCCCCAGAUGGAGGUCAUGAAAGUUUCGCAUGGCGACCUCCGGGAACACAUCGGCGUUGCGCCGAUCUCCGCGGAGAUAGGCUAUGCCAGGCUGUCACACGGCGGGCAUUUGUUGCGGCGCGACCGGGACUACCUGCCGCGCAAGGCGUUUUUUGGCCGUUUUAUCAUCAGCGCCGCGGACCCCAACACGACCCCGGAUUGCAGCCCCGAAAUGUUCCUCCUGCCACGACGCCCAUCGCGACUACCGUCGGUCUACGAGUCCUUCAUCGAGGCGUGCGCGGCCGCCCGGAUUCCGGUCCGGGAGCUCGCCGGGUUUGCUGUUCCGGAAACUCGCAGGGACUGGUUCCUGCGCACGAGGUCGUGGUAUAUCGAUGCCACGAUGCAGCAUUGGUUUUUCGCGUCCUGGCGUGACGCGCUAUCGCAGGCACGCGUUCUAGAUGCGUACGAGCGACUUUUGAAGAAAAACGGAAUUUCGCGCGAGGAGUUUGAUUCGGCGUAUGGGGAUCGGGGCCGCGUCGGCAGUAAGCGGGCGGUCCUCAAAGUCACUCCGAGCUUGGCGGAGUUACGAGCGAAACAGACAGUGCUGAAGGGAGAAAUUUCGGAGCGGCAAACGGACGACCUUGCGCGGAAAUCGGGCGGGAUUUAUACUGGUUGCAAGGACGGGGCUGGCGCUUUGUGGUGCAACAAGUGCGCGGCGGCGCUUGGCGGAUCUUUGCGGGCCCUGCGUGCCCACCUCAAGCUGCAUCAAGAGGACGACUUCGUCCGCAUCGUCGGUGAGCGUGACGGGUCUUACACACCGGCCGAGGAAUACGCGUACGGGAAAUCGGGCCAGUGUAUUCUGAACAAAUACAAGCCUUCGCAGCGUUUUGUUCUUCCUCCGCAGCGGUUUCUUAGCGGUGGCGACGUUUCGAAGUUCAGCGUCCGACAGCUGACUUGUCCGCACUGCUCGGAGCACUCGAUUUCUUGGCCACGCGAUUUCCAGAAGAAGGUCGGCGCGUCCCGACGCAUGAAGACGCACGAGAAGAAGUGCGUCGCGACGAAGAAGCUCGAUCUGAAAUGCGAUCCGAUCCUCGAAGAAGAAGAAGAGAACGACUUCAGUGAUGUUCAAGAGAGUUGA